AUGCCACAGAAAGCUCUUAAAGUCACGAAGCAGCCCAAAGAUGUUAGGAGAAUCACAAAAAAACAGAAGAAUCUGCGCAAGGCUGCUCCGCUGCAAAUCAAGUCCAAGAAGAGAUCGCUGUCACACCUGAAAAAGUUGAACAAGUUCUCGUCGUUGACAGAGUCCACCGAAAAGCUGAUAGCCAGUAGAGUGGGACAUCUGGAGCUUUUAAAGGGGACAAGGAAAGAAGUGGAGAAACAGAAGAAAAAAGACACCAAAUAA